AUGAUUGAAUUGGAUAUUGACGUUAAAGUGCCUAGAUUAUCAAAAAAACAAACCAACCGUGCCAACCAUCCGGCAAAAACAACAGAAGAAUAUUAUCGAGUUUCUUUUUACAUACCAUUACUUGAUAGCAUUAUUGAAGAUUUAAAAUCACGGUUCUUGAGUAAAGAAAAUAAGUUGUUAUGGAAUCUAUGCCUGUUAGUUCCACGAUACAUUGUAGAUAUUACUGGUGAAGAUUUUUAA